AGAAGAAAAUAGAAAUGCAAAGACGAAAACCGACAUGGUGUCUCUGUUCAAACAUAUAAAGAAGAAAAGCUCUAGAACUCGUAGAUUCACCGUACUCUGCUACAGUUUUUCAUUUAGGACAAAAUUGCCCUUCAUUUACCUUCAAAACUCCCAAUUUGCUUUGUCCUUGUAGAUUCUACCUACAGUCAAAGAUCCUCAGCUGAUCAAAGUUGUCCUCUAUUUUCUUUCCAUUUUCCUUCACUUUCUCUCUCAUGGAGGCAGGUGGAGGUUGCUAGUAGCGGAAAAGAAGAGAGGAAAUCGAAUGGAUUGGACCGAAGGUGUUGGCGAGAGCUCUUCGCCGCCGAGGAGCUUUGGGAGCUUCAAUAACUGUGAUGUGAGGAACGAUGUGUAUGACCGCUUGAUGCAGAUUGGACACGAGGAAGCUGUUUCUAAUCCUUUGUUUCGUGAGCAUCUUGAUGCUCACUUUAAUCGCUUGCCUUCUAGUUAUUUACUUGACGUCAACAUGGAUAGAGCGGAGGAUGUUCUGUUACACCAAAGACUUCUUACAUCAGCAAAAGAUCCAGAGAAACGCCCGGUUUAUCAUAUUCGUUUCUUGGAGAACCAUUGCACCAGAACAGAUGAUGGUGAUGACCUACAAUUUACGAAUAUUAUUUCCACUGAGAGGCCAGAUUUUAAUGCAGACAAUGGAGUUGUGCCAUCAAAUAAGAAUAGAAUCAAGGACUGUGCAAUUGACUUUGAGCCCUGCUCUAAGCUCGAGCAUCUAAAUUUGGAUGUUAAAAAGGAUUACAAAGGCAUGGAGGAAACAUAUCAUAGAGAGAAUGCUUCUAGAAGGCAAGAACUUGUACAUGUUCAUGAAGUAAUUUUUUCUACCAUUGACAAGCCAAAGCUCCUUAGCCAGCUUUCUGCUUUGCUUUCAGAUAUAGGACUUAAUAUCCGUGAAGCACAUGUGUUCUCAACAACUGAUGGUUACUCCUUGGAUGUAUUUGUGGUGGAUGGAUGGCCUAAUGAGGAUACAGAUGGUUUGUAUAAGGCUAUGGAAAAAGCAAUUGCUAGAAGUGAGGGGUCUUGGUCUGGUUCUUCACAUUCUCAUUCAGCUGCGGGUAAAACUUCAGCAGCUCAAGCAAAAUCUGGAGAUUGGGAAAUAGAUCGACGAUUAUUGAAGAUAGGGGAAAGAAUUGCAUCUGGAUCUUGUGGAGAUCUGUAUCAUGGAGUUUACCUUGGUCAGGAUGUUGCUGUUAAAAUUCUAAGAUCUGAGCAUUUAAAUGAUACACAAGAAGAGGAGUUUGCUCAAGAAGUUGCAAUUUUAAGGCAAGUCCAACAUAGAAAUGUCGUUCGUUUUAUUGGUGCAUGUACACAGUCUCCACAUUUGUGCAUAGUAACAGAGUAUAUGCCAGGUGGAAGUCUCUAUGAUUACUUGCAUAAGAACCAUAAUUUAUUGAAGCUUCCUCAGUUGUUGAAGUUUGCAAUAGAUGUUUCCCGAGGAAUGGAAUAUUUGCAUCAAAACAAUAUAAUUCACAGGGAUCUGAAGACAGCAAAUUUGUUAAUGGACACUCACAAGGUUGUUAAAGUGGCAGAUUUUGGAGUUGCUCGGUUCCAGAAUCAAGAGGGUGUGAUGACGGCAGAGACCGGAACAUACAGAUGGAUGGCACCUGAGGUUAUAAACCAUCAACCAUAUGAUCAAAAAGCAGAUAUAUUCAGUUUUGCUAUUGUACUGUGGGAGCUGGUAACAGCCAAGGUGCCAUAUGAUACCAUGACUCCGCUACAGGCUGCCCUGGGAGUAAGACAGGGGCUGCGUCCAGAACUCCCUCAGGAUGCACACCCAAAGCUACUAGACUUGAUGCAGAGAUGUUGGAAAACAACUCCUGCCAAUCGACCACCCUUCUCUGAGAUAACAGUUGAACUUGAAAUACUUCUCCAGGAAGUUCAGGUGUUCACGUGCCAGGAAACUAAAGAUGCAGUGAAUGGCAGCUGAACUAUUGCUGUGUGCAGUAUGCAAUAUUCUAACAGUUAUAUUUUGACGCCUUCUUUUUGUCAUGUUUCUUCAAAAUAGUUAACAAGAGUUUUUAUACCGAGGGAAAAAAGAUUUUACAAAUGCUGUCCAUUACAACGCUAACGAAACAAAGAGUGCCAUCAUUUGUAUUUUUUUGGGCACUAAUACCAGUUUCUUAUAGAGUUCCCUUUUACUAUGCAUGGUUGUAAAGCUUUUGACUUGCGGGACAUGUAGGUUAACUUCAUCCAUAGUGACUAAAUUUCUUUUGAAUUUCAGCUCGUUCACUGAAUUGUUUUCCCUUUCAUUUUGUAUAAACAAGGACAAAGUUGUUUAUUAUUAUUAUUAUUAUUAUUAUUAUUAUUAUUAUUAUUA